AUGGAGCCAGUUCUUAGCAUGAAAGGAGGGACUGGAGAGGAAAGCUAUGCCAAUAACUCAAAAUUACAGUCGACUUGUCUAUCCCUGUCAAUGCCGGUGUUAAAGCAAGCAAUGUUGAGUUUCUGCUGCACCGACUUACUGGAAACCAUCACCAUCGCGGACCUCGGAUGUGCGUCGGGACCGAACACUUUCAUUGCAGUUUCCGAGAUCAUAAGCAUCAUGUAUAAAAAGUGCUGUGAACUCGGUCGAUCACCACCAGAAUUUCAAGUUUUUAAUGACCUUCCCGGAAAUGAUUUCAACACUAUUUUCCAGUCUUUGACAGCUUUUCAGGAGAAAUUACAGCAAGAGAAUGGACCAAAGUUCGGGCCGUUUUUCACAGCGGGUGUCCCUGGCUCAUUUUACGGGAGGCUUUUCCCAUCCAAAACCUUGCAUUUCGUGCACUCAUUUUCUUCCCUUCAUUGGCUUUCUCAGGUGCCCCCGGAAUUGGUCGACAAAGCAAAUCCAGUAAUAAACAAAGGGAAGAUUUUCAUCUCAAGGACAAGUCCAGCAGCCGUGAUAGAUUCCUACGUGACUCAAUUCCGAAAGGAUUUCACUUUAUUUCUGAAGUUACGCUCAGAAGAAAUAGCUCCCAAAGGGCGCAUGGUUUUGACAUUAAGGGGCAGAACAACACCAGAUCCCACCUCAGACCAAAGCUGUUUACUUUGGGACUACCUAGGUCAAGCAUUUCAGGAUUUGGUUGCAAAGGGGGUGGUUGAAGAGGAAAUGUUAGAUGGCUACUACACCCCUUAUUACGAACCUUGCCCGGAAGAGAUUCAAGCCGAGGUAGAGAAAGAGGGGUCGUUCGCUGUUGAUCGUCUCGAGGUGGUAGCAUUACCAUGGGAUUAUGUCAAUGGAGGGAUCAACUAUGACAGAGCAUUGACAGCUAAAGAAAUGGCGAAGGCUAUGAGAGCAGUCAAUGAGUCUAUGAUUGGGAGUCACUUUGGAGCAGAUAUCAUGGACCGUUUGUUUCAUAGGUUUAUGGAAAUCAUGGCUGCAAAUACCAUGGAAGUGGAGCAUGUUAGCUUGGUUGUUUCUUUAAUCAGAAAUGCUUGA